AUGUACAAAAGAUUGAAAGAAGUUAGCAAACUUCAAAGAAUUAGUCCCAAAUAUAUAUCUAUGAGAGAAUACACUCAAAAGGUUAAUUUUAAUUGUAUGAAAAAUUUGAUAAUAUAUAUUUCAUAUACAUCAUAAAAUUAAUUAUAGAUUUCUGAAAAUAAUUAUCCAAAGAGAAUAUUUUCUGGAAUUCAGCCAACUGGAAACUUGCAUUUAGGAAAUUAUCUUGGAGCUGUACAAAAAUGGAUACAAUUACAAGAUAAUGGAGAAGAUGUUAUUUGGUGCAUUGUUGAUAUGCAUUCCAUUACUUUACCACAUGAUCCAAAAGAGUUAAGUGAUAAUAUACUUAAAAUGACAGCAACGUUAUUAGCAUGUGGUAUUGAUCCAAAAAAGAGCAUAUUAUUUCAACAAUCUACUGUAGAUACACAUGCACAAUUAUGUUGGAUUUUGGGAUGCUUAACAGCUUUUACUAGGCUUGCUCGUCUACCUCAAUUCAAGGAAAAAAGUGAGGCUUUAAAAAGUAUUCCUUUGAGUUUAUAUAUUUAUCCUGUUUUACAAGCUGCUGACAUAUUGUUGUACAAAGCAACGGAUGUACCUGUUGGACAAGAUCAAGUUCAACAUAUUCAAUUAGCUCAAGAAUUAGCUAUUAAAUUCAAUAAAAAAUUUGGAAAUACCUUUCCUGUACCUCAUUCUUUAAUUAACGAAAAUGCAAGUCAACGUAUAAAAUCACUUCGUGAUCCUUCAAAAAAAAUGUCAAAGUCUGAUCAAACUUCGAAGAGCAGAUUAGAUAUAUUAGAUAAACCAGAAAUAUUAAUAGAGAAAGUAAAAAAGGCUGUUACGGAUUUUACGUCGAAAGUAACUUAUGAACCAGAAGAACGACCUGGUGUUUCAAAUUUGGUUACUAUCCAUUCAAUGCUUACUGGAAAAUCACCAGAUCAAAUAUGUUCUGAAGUAGAAGGACUAGAUACUGGGAAAUAUAAAUUAGUACUAGCGGAUGUAAUUGUAGAAAAAUUGACUCCAAUUCGUGAAGAGUUCUCAAGAUUAAUUAAGGAACCAGCUUAUUUGCAAGAGGUUUUGAGAAAUGGUACAGAAAGAGCAACAGAAAUAGCUAGUGAUUCUUGGUGUGAAGUUAGGAAUAAAAUUGGUUUUGAAAAUGAUAUCUUUCAUAUGGCAAUAUCAAUUGAUAUUACAUGCAUGUUCCAAGCCUUUAAAAGUUGGAUUGCAAUAGUUCCUACACCUCCAGAACCACCUAAUACUAAAACUUUAUUAUUUCUUCUUGAAGUCACUGUAUUUUUACAAGACAAUGCACCAGUAAUCCAUAAUGCAGACCAUGCUGUAAGCCCAGCAUACAAUAUACUGGCUGCCUCAAUGUAUGAUAAAUUUCUAGGUUGUAGACUGAUCUGCAAAUGA